UCGCCGUGCUAAUUCCCUCUGUGCUUAAAAAUGACAUGAUGGAGCAGAGGCCUUAUCUGGAGCCCAUCCAGGAAGAGUCGGAGCAGGAGGAUGAAACCGGAGGAAGCAGAACAGGAGACAGAGAGGAGGAUUUUCAAAGUGAAGUGGAGAUGGAGGAGGAAGUGGCACAAGAGCAAGAGGAGGAGGAGGUGGAGGAAGAUGAUGAUGAUGAUGAUGUCCCUCUGAGGGCUCUGAGACCUAGGCGACUGUCUCGCUCCCUCAGCACAGAGAGUUUCCUUCAGUCGCCCUCGGCUGACAAUCACCAGGGAGACUUGGAGACAAGCUCCGUGUCAGAUGCGGUGGAUUUAAGUGAUGAGGCUAAAAGUUCUUGGCAGACAAAUUUAGGAAAUGAGGAACAGGCCCAUGGUCGGGGGCUGAGGGAGAAGAAACUUCCAACACCUGAACCAUCGGUGCAGAAAAAGACAAGGAAGAAAAAACACAAGAAGUCACAAUGUCUGUUUCCUCCCUGGGUGGUGGAGCUGAUGGUCAACAUCGAAGAAGCAACAACUCAUCGACUGGUGGUUGAGUCACGCUCGUCAUCCUCAGGGCUCAUGAGCUGAACGUGGGGCCGUCGGGCACAUGAGGCUCUGACCCGAAACACACACACACACACACACACACACACAAAUAUAACACACCAUGUGAAGGGUAAGCCUGGCCUGAGAGUAAAAUCUACCUAUGAUAAAGAUUAAGACAAAUUGGUUUCAAUGACGAAAGUUUAUGAAGUUCACUUUCUAUAUAUUUAUCACUUUGAUGUAUCUUGAAAUAUAACGUCCUGAUUCUUCUGGCACGAGUGCGACACCUCAGUACCUCAGACCUACAGAGAAUAUUAAUAAUAAAUGUUAUAUUUCAUUUUCUCGGCCCCGAGCUUCAGUCUGAACCCGUUUACCUCUCUCCCAAUGGGUGGGAUUUGAUUCAAGUGCCUGAGUAAGAGCUGGAAGAGGCCAAAGCUCUCUCUCUCUCUCUCUCUCUCUCUCUCUCUCUCUCUCUCUCUCUCUCUCUCUCUCUCUCUCUCUCUCUCUCUCUCUCUCUCUGUCUCCCCCCCACAUAGCUGUAUCGUAUAUAUUUACUUUUGUCAGAGCAAUUCGUUUAUCUCCGCUGGGUACAACUUGUCUUGGCAAGUUUGUUGGCAGUCUGUUUGUUGGCAGUCAGAUUUAAAGUCUUUAUUUAAAUGAGAUUCUUUCUUAUUUUUAACAUUCUAAAUUGGGGGAAUAUUUCUGGUAAAAACAUUAAAAGUCUUUUGAGAGAAAUUAACUUGUGUCCAUCUUAUGCUUUGUCACAAUUCACCAAAUUUCCCUAAUUCACCUCUGUCAAAUUGUAUUUUUUACAUAUUGACCCUGAAGUAACCCCAUCCUUUACAUGAGUAAUAUUAGGAAUAAAACAUUAUAAAAAUACUGAACAAAAUAUCCCAUCAAUUUCUGCAAAAUAAAAAUAUUACACAAGAGAAACUUCAUCUUUUUUAAUCUGCUCAUAAAGUCUAAAAACUAAACAUGG